UCAGCAAAAUUGUAUAUGAGAACAUAUCUGUUAUGAUUCUCAUAGUUUUAGUGCUUAAAUGGAGUUUCUGAUGUAGCUUUCCAAACGAACAGUAGUUAAACAUAUUUAUGAGUACAUAUUAUUUCCACUAUCAAUCUGACAAUGUUUUAUCAAUUAUGAAAAUAUUUUCAAUAUAUAGUUUUUUAUUUAUAUAUGCCGCGACGAAAGCAGCCAUAGUGUUGGAAGGUAAGACAGUACAGACAAUUAAAGGGGCCAAGGUUACUAAGGUAACGUCAGUUUUGGAGGGCGUGUCUAGAAUACGAUGUGUGGAUGUGUGUAUUCACCAGAAUCGGGCAGGGAAUUGCAGGACAGCGGGGUACCAUAAAUCGUCCAGAACGUGUUACUUGAGCAUGCAUGGAAAAAGGGAUAUCGUUGUCGUGUCAGAUCAGACGUAUUCAGUAAUGAUGAUUGAGGACGAGCGAGGUGAAAACGUUACUCAGUGGGCGAAUGAAGUUUACGACUUUUCGUCCGAAUACACACAAACGUCGUGGGGUGCCAUUCAAUUGCGUGGGGAACCAGAUGCAUUUCCAAAUGGGUAUGGAGAUAGCGGGCUUGCCUGGUGCCCAUCAGUAACGAAUAGAUUGGAAUUCUUAGAAGUCUCAUUCGCUCUAGCAGUUGAAAUAACGGGAGUGGACAUCUAUGAGACGUGGUAUGGAGGGCGUGUUACUGCAGUGAAAUGUUUCGAAAAUGGAGGAUACGUCACAUUAUGGAGUGGCACUGCGACAGGUUAUGUCGAAUAUGCAAGAAUUUUCAGCCCACCAUUAAACACAAACUGUUUCUCAGACAGAAUCCGCAUAGAAAUAGCCGCCUCCUACAAUUGGGUUGAAAUCGACGCCAUUCGACUACAUGGAUUCCUCGAACGGAACUAGACUAAACAUAUCAACUUCAACAAUAACUAACUAUUAAAAAUUAGAUGCGUCAAUAAAUACGAUUAUGUGUAAAUAGAGCCUCUUUUAACAUGUUUUAUUUCAGAAAUUCGCAUAUAACACAGGUUUGUCUAAAAUGCUUUUAAGGCGGAUUUAAAUUC